CCGACACUUUAACCGGGAAGCAGUGAAGAGUCUCGCGCGUCCCGCCGGUACCGGAGCAGCACCAUGGAGCGGAGUGUGUGUACUCAGGACUGAUCCGUGUCACAGUGUGUGUGUGUGUGAGUGUGUGUGUGUGUGUGAGAGAGACAUGUCGCUGCGGGUGUCUGAGGUGUGUGAGCGGCUCUUGUCGUGUUGCCGGACGUGUCCGUUUGUCCACCGGAAGCCCGGUUCUGACGGCUCGGACGGUCCCGACGGCUCGGUGGUGAUACCGAACAAGCACGCGCAGACGGAGACCCCGGGCCCGCGCGCCCUGCCCGGCCUGCCCGCCCCGCCCCGCGCGCGCGUGUACACAGCCCUGUGGGACUACAGCGCGCGCACCGCGGAGGACCUGAGCUUCGGCGCCGGGGACCAGCUGGAGGUUCUGGACCAGAGCAGUCCGGACUGGUGGUUCGCCCGCGCGCUCACCGGACAGUUCGCGCGCAGAGAGGGCUACAUCCCGGCCAACUACGUGGCGCCGCUCGAGAGCCUGCACGCGGAGAGAUGGUAUUUCCCUGAUACAAAGCGUAUGGAUGCUGAGAAGCUCCUUCAGGCUGAAGGGAACCAACACGGCUCAUUCCUCAUCCGAGAGUGUGAGAGUCAGCCGGGGGAACUGUCACUGUCAGUGCUAGAUCUCGGGGUGGUGAAGCACUAUAAGAUAAAGCGAUUGGACAAUGGACAUUACUUUGUCUCGAGGAGGCGGGAGUUUACCACACUCCAGGAGCUGGUGAAUUACUACGGUACUACAGAGGACGGCCUGUGUGUCCGACUCACACAUCCCUGCAGGAAGGCUAUAGCUCCACAGACCCAUGGUCUCUCCUAUAACACGGCAGAUCAGUGGGAAAUUCCACGCAGCUCCAUCUGCCUGCUGCGGAGACUCGGAGCCGGACAGUUCGGAGAAGUUUAUGAGGGAUUAUGGAACAGCACAACUAGUGUCGCCGUGAAAACACUCCGGCCAGGCAAUAUGGAUUCUCAGGAUUUCCUCAGGGAAGCUCAGAUCAUGAAGAAGCUGCGUCACCCGAAGCUGAUCCAGCUGUACGCUGUGUGUUCUGUCGGAGAACCGAUCUACAUCAUCACAGAGCUGAUGACGCAUGGCAGCCUGUUAGAAUACCUACAGAAGGACAAAGGGGAGUUUGUGGCGAUGUGUGAUCAGGUAGAGAUGGGCGCUCAGGUGGCAGCAGGGAUGGCGUAUCUGGAGCUGCAGAACUACAUCCACAGAGACCUCGCUGCCCGAAACGUGCUGGUGGGAGAAAACAACAUCUGUAAAGUGGCAGACUUCGGCUUGGCCAGAGUGUUCAAGGCAGAAGGUGAUGGUGAUUAUGAGUUGGAUGAUGAUGAUGAGCGGGUGUACGAGGUGAAACAGGGAACUAAACUGCCCGUGAAGUGGACGGCUCCUGAAGCUUUACACGAAAACAAGUUCACCAUUAAAUCUGACGUGUGGAGCUUCGGAAUCCUGCUCUAUGAAAUCGUGACAUUCGGACAAACGCCGUACCCCACUCUCACCAAUGCCCAGGUGAUGCAGAGACUACGUGCGAAUUACCGGAUGCAAUGUCCUGCAAACUGUCCAAAGCGCAUCUAUGACAUCAUGAUGGAGUGCUGGAAGGACUCGCCCGUUGAUCGUCCCACCUUCGAAACCCUGCAGUGGAAACUCGAGGAGUUUUACGACGUCGACAUCAACGCGUACGAUGACACCAGAAACUACUGAUUUAAUCAGAACCGGCUAGUUUAAUUACCCAUGAUCCUCUCCGCAAAGACCAAGUACUCGCAGCAGUGUAGGGCACAUGACCAGGGUUGUGGUGCUCACUGGAUGAGCAGACAAAGGAGACCCAUGCUGAUGAUAGAAUCACACAGGGGGAUCCUUCCCAGUCAAUCAGAGUGAGUGGGUGGAGCUAAACAGUGUAUAAUUAAUAAUCAUAUUAGUAAUAUAAUCGGUGAAGCCUCUUUAGUUAUGAAAGCUCACUAUCCCAUUCGAGUGUGUGCGUGUGUGCGUGCGUGUGUGUGUGCAUGUCAAAUGUUUCAUUACUUGUGAAAAUUGUCGUUCUUGUCUGUCUUUCUCUCACUAUGCUAACGAGCUGCUUAAAUCUCUAAGUAUUCAUAUUUAAUAGAGCAAUCACAAGUCUCCUUCUUUUAUAAUAUUCAGUACUGUACUGUAAAUGUUUCUGUAACAGGGCCUGAUGAAUAAAUUAGACUUGAGCCAGUAGUCUGGAUAAUUAAUCUCAGUAUUUAUAAUGCAGAAUUAAUUAUUUUCUCUCUUUGCUUUUUAUUUGCCUAUAUUUUGUAAUUAUUAACAAGUCAUUAAAAUAAAGGCUGGAAAAUUU